AUGGCUCCUCCUGAUUUAAACUCGGUUCCUCCGUCUCCCCUUCUUCGUCAUACUUCCCAACCGCCAGACCCUGAGCUCAAUUCAACUUCUUCCAUCACACAGCGAGCAUCUCAUGUUAUGGGACCUCCACCCAUGCCAGCGAACGCCAUGUCGUCUGCUAUUGCUAGCGAUCCUGCAAGCGCAGGUUUUGGACCAGGCCCUCUGCGUCACCCCCGUCCUAUGACCGCCGCUGAUUUGCAUCUGGUGUUGGAAAAAGAACAAGAGGCAGUGGUCAACCGCCUUACAAGGGAGUUAAGCCAACUCAGACAACAAACGGCGUCCGUUGCAUCGACGGCAUCUUCUACAUCAACAGGGUUGACUGAUACUGUGGAGGCAUCGAUAUAUCCUACGUCAUCCCGUCAACAUCGUUCGUCCUCCAACCUCAGUUCCCACAUUCCUCCCGGAUCGGCAGCAUUAGCAGCAAGCGUUUCGAGCAUUGCCCCUUCUCGCGACACUGCCCUACCUCCGUCACGUCCUUCAGGAGAGUUCACUCGUGCUGGACGCAGUCGGGAGCCAUCUGUCACCUCACCGCGUCAGCCCGUGUCGCCCUACGGUGACGUUGGCUUUCAACUCCAAUCUCAGGGCCAGCAGAGCCAUCGCAGCUCCGUAUCACAUUCCCACUCUGCCCAUCCGCCAGAGGCCCGACGUUCGACCUCGAUCUCGUCGACAGCGGGAACUCGAUUUGAAGAGACAGCACAACACCGAGCAGAGCUUGAAUCUGUCAGAAGAGAGAAUGAGAUGCUUCGGCGACGGGUACGUGAAUUAGAGCAGAACCUCAGAGCUUAUCGCGACUCGCAUCCACAGUCUCCGGAUGAGUCAUCUACCCAUGGCAUAGUGACUGGCAUGCGGGAUACCUCAUUGUCAGAGUCGUGA